UCUCUCUCUCAAACUUCCUAAACAAAAGUCCCUUUUCUCUCUCUACAAAAAUGUCGGGUCGUGGCAAGGGCGGUAAGGGUUUAGGAAAGGGAGGAGCAAAGCGUCAUCGUAAGGUUCUUCGUGACAAUAUUCAGGGAAUCACUAAGCCGGCGAUCAGGCGUCUUGCUCGUAGGGGAGGUGUAAAGAGAAUCAGCGGUCUGAUUUAUGAAGAAACUCGUGGGGUUCUUAAGAUCUUUUUGGAAAAUGUCAUCCGUGAUGCUGUAACUUAUACUGAGCAUGCUCGUCGUAAGACUGUUACUGCUAUGGAUGUUGUUUAUGCUCUUAAGAGACAAGGAAGAACCCUUUAUGGAUUCGGAGGUUAAGGUUCUGGUUUUUAGGGUUUGGUUUUGCUGUUUUUUAUUAUAUUUUGUAGAUUAUGCUGGAUCUGUUAAGUUUGGUUCAGUGAAAUGGAAUUAUCAUAUUUUAAUGAAUAUUGUUAGUUGUCUUGGAAA